AUGAGAUUGUUGGCUAUCAUUUUGGUCUUACUCCCAUGGAGUAAAGGGCAACGUUUAGGACCGCCCGGUCCAAUCUCAUCUCAUUUUCUCGAUUGGUUGAUAGCACAUGGUUAUGAACGAGAUUCUUUCGAUCGUCCGGACGUUGGUCCAAACGGUUCAUUUGGUGGUAGAAAGCGAGGCAGUGAUAAGAUAACUCACGAGCCCGUGAUUUUCAUUCACGCAAAUGGUGAUGCAGCACUGCAUACACAGGCACCACUAGCCACGGGAUGGAGCCGUUCAAUUCAAUAUUUUCUUGAGCAAAAUUACACAGAAUCGGAACUUUAUGCAACAACAUGGGGAGAUGCUUGGGGCAGCGGUUCGAUGCUCGAUUCGUAUUCCACAAUGCACACUUGUCAGAAUUUGAUUUAUCUUCGAAGAUUUAUCGAAGCAGUAAUCGCCUAUACAAAAUCGCCAAAAGUUGACGUGAUCGCUCAUUCUGUCGGUGUCCCGUUGGCCAGACGAGUAUUGAAAGGUGGUAGUCUAAUCGGUACCGAUGGAAAUUGCUCUCUUGGACCACCGCUUACCGCCAAAAUUGACACAUUCCUCGGGAUAGCCGGUCCAAAUUACGGUUUAUGCGUGUGUCAAUUGGCUCAAACAGUGCCCGCUUGGUGUAACGCUUUGGAUGGUCUCUACCCAGGCUACACGUGUCAAGAUCAGUUAUUAUGCGGUUACCCAUCGGGUUCAUGUCAACAAGAGAACUAUUCGGCUUUCCUUGAAAGACUCAACAACGAUCCAACUCGAGAGGCCUCACAUGUAUAUUCUAUGUGGAGUGACGUGGAUGAGGUGCUACUGUUUCGGGGGAUGACUUGGGGCAAGCCGACAGCCAGGAUACCGGGGAUGAAUGGACGUUGGAUCUCUGAUCGAAACGGACACGUUGCAAUGAAGGAUCUGACCGAAUUACGCCAAUUCGAAGCGGUCGUUCAUCAUUCGAUU